GGACAUCAUAUUCCGAUCCUAGUUUAUCAUCGUCACAAUAAACUUGGUACUUCUAGUAAACAGAUUACUGAAUUCACACUCCGAAGGAAACUAUCUCAAUCAUCAUGUCUCUCUAUCCUUCAUUAGAAGAUAUGAAAGUGGACAAGAUGGCUCAGGCCCAGGAUAACUUCAAUCAACAAGCCCAGGCUGCAGCCCAUGCUAUCGCUGCUGCUCCACCUGGUUCUACCGUUGUCAUGACAACAAGCUCUCUAUAUCCCUCCCUGGAGGAGUGGAUGGGUCUCCCGCCAGCUGAGAUGCAGGCAUAUGCUCAACAAUCACAGGCUGUGGUUCCAAGGCCAGCUGGUACUGUUGCUGUCCAAUCACAGAACAAUACGGUUGCCCCGGUAACAGGAACUCAAAACUUGGGAGUGGCAAGAUCGGAGAUAAAGCAAGGAGUGAGAGAGGUGGUGGUGUGUAAGGAUGCUAAAGGCAAGAUUGGUCUGAGGGUUCGAGAUGUCAGUAAGGGUAUUUUCAUCACAUUUGUCAUGAAGGACUCACCAGGUGCUAUGGGAGGCUUAAGAUUUGGAGAUCAAAUCCUUCAGAUCAAUGGAGAAAAUGUAGCAGGUUACAGCAAAGAUAAAGCUAUGGGAGUCUUGAAGAAGGCUAGCCCUGGCAGCAUCACACUUGCCAUCCGAGACAGACCUUUUGAGAGAACCAUCACAUUACAGAAGGACAGUGCUGGAUAUGUUGGUUUUGUCUUUAAGAAUGGCAAGGUCACUAAGAUAGCUAAAGAUACAUCGGCAGCAAGGAAUGGUCUCUUGAUUGACCAUGCUAUCCUAGAGAUCAAUGGACAAAACGUCAUCGGACUCAAGGACAAAGAUAUUUCUCAGAUCUUAGAUGGAUGUGGACGUUCUAUUACUCUAACUAUCAUGCCCAACUUUUUCUUUGAUCAUAUGAUGAAGAGCAUGGCGUCAUCUUUGGUAAAGAGCUCUAUGGAUCAUUCCGUCCCUGAGAUUUAGAAUGGAGUACACCAUUGUACAGUUAUCAUUCGUGUUCAUGCAUGUGGGAGGAUUGAUAACAGGAAUCUAGGAUAUAUAGUUCUGAGAAUCAUUACUGUAUUUCAAGAGAAGCUGUCAGCUGUUAUUCCAAACAGCUGAUUAUUUAUUAAGUAGAAUGUUCUCAACACGAUUAAAUACACUGUUAAAUACUGACAAAAUUCUGGAAAUUUACUGAAUGAUGUAUAUACAUUAAACUUCACCAACAUAAUAUUGUAUUGAUUUUUGAUUAUGACACAAUCAUAAACAUUAAUGGUGAGAACAUUUUAGUUUUCAUUCAAGAUCAGGUCAAUUUGCAAAAGUAUUUGUGUUAAGUUUAUACUACUCUGCAAGACUUAUAAACAGAACUCAAGAUAGAUUUACUAAACUAGUGCAAUUAACUUUUGUAUGAGUGAGAUAUUUGUCAGAGAUGUAUACGAGGUGAAUGAAAAGAACGGAUCUUUAGUGAGUAUGUUAAUGUUUAAUCAUUGCUUAUUUUUAUAAUUUCAUAAGUAAAAGAAUAUUAUUAUGAUAUACUUUCAGCAAUUGCUUAGUAUUAAGCAUGUGCAACUAUGUACAGAUAUACAUUUUGUAUUCUCAGAGUACAUGAAUUUUAAAACUAAAUCCUAGUUUGAUCAAUUUUAUCAAUUUAUGCAAUGAACUAUAAUUUCCAUAUGACAAAAUGCAAAUAAUAGAUUAUAUAAUGUAAGAUUUUAAUUUGAUUUUCUUUCAUAACCGGCACAAUUUAAGUUGAUACCAAACAUAAUGUUGAGUUAACAUGUAGAUGUAGCUCAACAAGUAAUUGCUUUUAGAGAAAAUAUUGACACAGUAAUUUCUUAUGAACCCCUUAGGUCUAGGAUUACAUCUAUGUGUAUGAUAACUGCUAAAAGCCUUAUGCAGUGAAAGCAUUCUAUUUACCAUAUACUGUGAUGGAUUGUACAACUUAUACUUUGUAAGGGGUUAUAUAGGCUUAACCCUAACUCAAUAUCAUUGUAAAUAGUAUCAUUAUUAUUAAUCAGUACGAAGAAUUGGAAAAAAAACAGCAUUACUUUAUGAGUUAAAUGAAUCAAUAUACAUUUCCGUUAUCAUGGAAUAUUUUCUGCAAAUAAUAAUGUAAGAGGGCCAAUCACAGAUAUAUUUAGCUUUGUAUGUAUUAAACUUUGAUGUAGGUUCUAUCAACUUCUUUGCUGGUAUACUGAUAUCAGCUUCAACUAAUAUUUCUGCAGAUAGAUGCCUCAAGUGAAAGUCUAAGGGUAGAUGAACAAUGGAUGCACCCUUGUACACACACCCACACACACACAAGUUAACAGCUCGCUUAUGUACACUUGCUUUCCAUUUCUACUUUCUAAUUUAAUAUAUGAUAUACAGUCAAACCUGCUUUAGUGACCACCUGUCUACAAAGGCCACACUUGUCGUUUCCCUUGAAAAUUGUUUCUCAUUGAAUCAUGUACUAAAGGAACCUGUGUACAAAGACCACCUGUCUACACAGGCCACUUUUUGUGUUACCCUUUGGCGGUCGCUGCAGACGGGUUUGACUGUAUAUGUAGUUGAGGAAUGGAUGUACUAGUCGUGUAGAUAUUAUUACAUGUAUUAUUACAUUUUGUUGUUUGUUAUGGGGGUUGAUUGAUUCUCCUUUCAAGUAAUACAUGUAUGAGCUGCUAUUAGUGAUAUCACAAUGUCUAUACAUGUAUAUAUAUAUAUGAUAGUACUUUUAUACUGAAAAUUUACGUUGUUAAAUAGUAUGUAACAUAUGAUAGUACUUUGGUUUUCUCUUUGUGGGCCUUUCGUUUUUUAAUCAUUGUAAGUUGGUCCAUUUUCACUGAGAAUAUAAUAUUUCCUAUGAGUAUAUUGAACCACCAAUUCUACAGACAAUGCAUUAAUUUUUAGAAACUUUGAUGCAUUUUUCUAAUAAUCUUGUUGAAUAUAAUAAGGAAUGAUAAAAAUCUAAUCGUGGUUGUUUAGUCUGGUUUGAAAAUAAACAACAAACAAAAUACAAAUUCUGUGUUAGAAAUUUGAUGACUUAUUUUUCGAUAUCUAGCUAAGCUCUGUCAUGUGCCUCUGUGUAAAAUGAGAUGAAAUCCUCAUGUUUUGCCAUCAAUAAAAAGCCAUUUGGCAUUCAUAA